AUUUGUUCAUUCAAUAAAUAAUACUGCAACUAUUGCCUCUCUAUCCUCUUUCACCAUUUUCAACAAUCAACCCUAUUCUGAUCGGAAUUCAUAUCGUCAAAUCCACCCCAAAAUUUUUCUUUGAUUCAAUUAAUCCAAAAUUCACCCUACGCAAUCAAUCAAUCAAUCAAUCUAAGGAUAAUCGCACCUCCAUCUCUAAUUUCUACUGUUGUGGGACUCAUUUGGUGAUUGUGGAUCCACAAAUAUGCAAUAAUUCUUUACUUGAAGCCUUAUUACUCAGACAAUUUUAGGAUACACUGCUUUUCUGAAUAGUUGUUAUGAAAAGUGCAUGAAGGCUUGCCAUCCGAUUUGCUAUAAAGUCAACUAAAGAUUUUGUUGUGUGUCAUUUGCUAAUUCAGAACGUUAUAAGAUUCAGACCCUGUGUUUUAAGGAUCUGAAGCUGCCAGUAAAAGGGAAAUCUCAGGGCCUUUCAGCGGUGAGUAAAACUAAUAUGGCUGAUGUGUACAGGAAUGUGUUAUUACCUUCAUAACAUUUCAUGUUACAUGAUGGGAUUACGUGACAUUCUGUGUCAUAUAAAUAUCUGCAAACUUCUGUAUCAGCUGAAGCUGUGUGGUCAUUUAAAAUAAGCACAGUGCUCCUUGUUUGUAUUUACCCAGUCCUUCACCUUUUCAGAUCGUAAGGGAUGGUGAGUGGUAAUUAUUUUGUGGUAAGUAGUUGCCUGUUUUGGUUUAUUACCACCUAUGAGGACUCUUUUAGUGAUUUGGUGGCCUGAAAUAUAGAGGUGCAUUUCUAAUGACAGAUCACUAAGAAUCAUGCCUUGCAAACUUGUGGCAUGUUGGUGUCAUCAUACCUGUUCUUAGGGGUCAUAGUAGUAAUAAAAUUCUGAUAUAUAUUCUACAGCAGGUCUGAUUUUACUGCUGCUAAGUUGUGUGAAUAGUGACCAAUAAUGCUUGAAUUUGUAAUUCUACUUAAGUCGCAACUCACAAGUUGCAGCAUGUAUUGGAACUCGUCUAAUGAACCUAAUAAACUUGUUCUCGUUUUGUUUCUUUUCCCUCAUUGCUGUUAAAUUGAGGCGCUCUAUUGAAAUGAAGAGUUAAGUUUACGGAAAUCUACAUAGCUCAAUUCAAGAGGUCCCUUUUGGUCUUUCUUUAAGAUCUAUUAAAUUGUUUUGGCUGUCUCUUUAUUCUUUUUUGUGGAUUUGGUGAUGGCAUGUAGAAUAGAUAAAGUGUGCUCUUAUGGCAAUGAAGUUGGGUUGUUUGGAGGUUAUAUGAUAGCAUGGGGUAUUGGGGUUUGGUGUUUAUUUGUUAUGACCUGGUGAAUUGAUGAGAGAUACUAUUAGUUUUACUUGAACUGAGCCGGAUGUUUGGAAUUGUUCAUUCCUCACUGUUAAUUAUUUGCAUUAAUGCUUCCACUUCAUAAAGUUGUCUGCAGUAUGUUAUCCUUUAUUGCUAUGGAUUAAAAGUUUUAUGCUAAUGCAUUCAAUAUUAGUAAAUAUAUCGCAGUGCACAUAAAAUGGCUAGUAGGAAAAGAAGCAUAUCAAAUGACUCAGAUGUGUCUCAUCUGUACAAGGAAUUGGAUGAAGCCUUAUGUCCCAUAUGCAUGGACCACCCCCACAAUGCUGUUCUUCUCAUUUGCAGUUCCCAUGAUAAAAGUUGUCGCUCGUACAUAUGUGAUACUAGCUAUAGGCAUUCAAAUUGUUUGGAUCGUUAUAAACAACUGAAAGAGGGAAAUGUAGACAACUUAUCUGCAACUAGUUUGGUACCUGAAAGUAAUCAUGAUUCUGUUUUGAGUGGGAAUUUGGACUUGACAGUGACGACAAAUCAUGCAAAUGACACCCAGACACAAACUAGCUCUAUGGGACACACGGGCAUGCCUCAGGGAGAUUCUGGUGGUCACAAUAUCUACAAUGCUAAUCCUAGUUAUGGCGAACAAGGAGGAGGAAUUUUGGAAAACCUUGAUAAUGGGGAACCCAACAUGGAGAAUUCUGAAGAAGUGUCGAAUCUGAGAUGCCCUCUAUGUCGUGGGAAGGUUUUGGGUUGGAAAGUUAUUGAGGAGACUAGAAAGUACCUCAACCUAAAGACUAGAAGUUGCUCUCAUGAAUCAUGUUCGUUCUCUGGUAGUUACAGAGAGCUGCGUAGGCAUGCAAGAAGAGUUCAUCCAACAGUGCGCCCGGCUGAUGUCGACCCAUCUAGACAAAGAGCAUGGCAUCGCCUUGAAGGUCAGAGGGAAUACAAUGAUAUUGUUAGUGCAAUUCGUUCUGCCAUGCCAGGAGCUGUUGUCUUCGGUGACUAUGUGAUUGACGGUGGAGAUAGGCUUUCCAGUGAAAGUGACAGAAAUGGAGGUGCUGGUGAGGGUAGCCGGCUGUUAAGCACCUUAUUCUUGUUUCAAAUGUUUGGUUCGCUGGAAUCUGGAGCUGAGCCAAGAGGUGGCCGGUCAAGACAGUUUGCAAGACAUCGCCGAGCUACUGGAAACUAUCCCAGGCGUCGCUAUCUCUGGGGUGAAAGUCUGUUGGGCCAUCAACAUAAUGAGGAUGAAGACGAUGGCGAGGAUCGUGAUACAGACCUUAAUAUACUGACCGAUCUUAAUGAUAAUGCCCCUCCAAAUCCUAGACGACGUCGGCUUCUGACACGCACAACACGUGCCGAGCCUGAUGGAGGUCAACAAUAGGGAAGCAAGUGUCUUGUCUUGUCUCGUCUGACCUGAUUCACGGCCAAAAUGUGCCGGACCCGCCUCAGAAUAAUCAACGUGGCGAUUGCGUUAUCUCUAGGCUUGUUUUAUACAAAUGUGAUUUUCCCACAUGAUUUGGAAAGAAUAAUCAAGAUCAUCUUUUGUUUUCAUUCUUUUCAGCUUGCUGAGAAUGUGUGAUCUUUCUCUAUCCUUAUCUUACCACUGGAUUGGUAUUAUAACCUUUCAGCAAGCAUUUGUAUCAUCUGAAAUGUCAAUUCUCUCUUCCUUUUAUUGUACUACUAAAUUUGUUUUGCUUA